AUGAGCUGUUUUUUGAAAGUGUUGUGUGUGUUUUCAUUUUUAAACAAUAUUUUUGUUUAUGGAUUUAAUAUCGAAGCUUUCAAUUAUGCGGUAUACGAAACGCGGGACAGUAGCAAGUCAGCGAUGUUCGGUUUUACUGUCGCUGUGCAUAAACAAGGACAUAACCGAGGAUGGGUCUUAGUUGGUGCUCCAGAAGGUCAAUCGCAAUACUCAACUGGAGAAAUUACUCAACGAGGAGUUGUGUAUAAGUGCCGGACUGAUGGUGAUGAUUUCUGCCAGGAAAUUCCUUUCGACAGGAAAGGAAAUCAAUAUUUUAAUGGCAGGCAGAUGGAUCAAAAGAGUAAUCAAUGGUUUGGAGCCACCCUAAGCUCGUCGGGGAAUCCAUCAGGAGGACCAGUUGUGGCAUGCGCUCCGCGAUACGUUUGGUACAGCAAGGAAAUGAACAGAAGGGAUCCUGUGGGAACAUGCAUCGUUUCAGAUUCGUUGUUUGAAAAGUUUGAGGAAUAUUCUCCAUGUAGAACAAGUAAUUGGGGAUACCAUCGGCAGGGAUCUUGCCAGGCUGGUUUUAGUGCCGCCAUCAAUUCAAUAGGUGAUCGAUUAUUUGUUGGAGCUCCAGGAAGCUAUUACUGGCAAGGGCAAAUGUACUCGAUUGAUGCCCAAGCAAGGUUUAACUAUACCCCCGGCCUGCUAGGCACGACGUAUGGCGCCAAAGGUUCUGUUCACCAGCAAAGUCUCGAAACUAGACCGGCAGUGUUUCAAACUAGGGAGAGUAAACAACAGGACGACGAUUCGUAUUUAGGUUACUCAACUAUUAGUGGAGAUUUCUUGGGUAAUGGGGAACAAGGUAUUGCUGUUGGUAUGCCUAGAGGUGCAGAACUCCAUGGAAAGGUUCUCCUUUUCACUUGGAAUCUAACAAAUUACAAAAACAUCUCCAGUAGCCAGUUGGGUUCCUACUUUGGUUACUCCUUGGCCGCUGCCGACGUGGAUGGCGAUUCCAAGUUAGACCUUAUCGUUGGUGCUCCCAUGCAUACGGAACCAAACACAGAAGACAAGUACGACGUUGGAAGGGUUUAUGUGUUCUACCAAGGAGGUGGAUUUGGAAGUUUCAAUCAUUCUUCAUUUAUUGACGGCACCAACUCGAAGUCUCGAUUCGGCCACAGUGUAGCCUAUUUGGGGGAUAUGAAUCAGGAUGGAUUUGAUGAUUUUGCAGUUGGUGCCCCAUAUGACGGAGAAUUUAACAGAGGUGCAGUCUACAUCUACUACGGAUCAUCCAAAGGCGUCCUGGAAAAGUACGGGCAAGUCAUUUACGCCGAAGAUAUGGCGACUAGAAGUAAUUUUCCAGUGAACACAUUCGGAUUUUCCGUGACUGGAGGCUUAGAUAUGGAUGGAAACGAUUAUCCCGAUAUGGCCGUUGGAGCUUAUUUAUCCAAUUCCGCGUUUUUCUUUAGAUCGAAACCCGUUGUUCGAGUUGAGGCGUUCGUUAAAUUCCGUACCCUGAAUAAACAAAUAGACAUUAGUAAGAAAAAUUGCAACUUGCCUAAUGGACAAUUAGGAACAUGCACUACCAUUGAUUUUUGCAUUAAAUACAGCGGCAAAGGAAUACCUCAACAAAUUCGAUUAAAUGUUCAAUAUAUUUUGGAUACCAAGAAAACGAGCAUUCCGAGGAUGGCAUUCUUGAGAAGAAAUAGUCAUACGAUCAACGAUACGAUUACUUUAUACAAAGACAGUCCGGACACUUGUCAAACUGAAGAAAUUUACAUUAAGAACGAAAUUCGUGACAAAUUAACACCACUAGAAGCCGAAGUGAAAUAUUUUAUGGUACAAGAAGAGAGAGACGCUUACUUUGGUAAAGCAAGAAAUCCCCAGUCCCAAUUGAAACCCGUCCUAGAUUUAAACCUACCACCAUCUAGAAAAGAUUCAAUCAUCAUCCAGAAGAACUGUGGCCACGACAAUAUAUGUAUUCCAAAUUUGCACGUUAGCGUCACUAAAAAUGUAGAAAAAUACUUAUUGGAUUCCAACACCAAUCUCGAAUUUGACAUUAUUGUUUCCAACUUUGGAGAAGACGCUUUCGAAACGACUCUGGAUCUAAUUUAUCCCGAUGGGAUUUACUACAAGAAAACUGAAAUCAAAGAAGACCUGCAUGGUAUUUUGUGUAGUUCUGGCGAAAAUAGAACUAUUUCUUGUGAUAUUGGAAAUCCAUUGCCGGCAAAUAAAAUUGCAAAGUUCAAAAUGAUUUUUGUACCAUUCCACAAACAAGGCAUCACUGCAGAUACGGCUGUUUAUGAAUUUGAUGUUCUGGUUAACAGUACUAAUCCAGAAAAGAACGAGACUUGGCAGGAUAAUCAUCUUCAUUUGGUGGUUGAUAUUUUUGUCGAUUCUGCUUUGGAAGUUAGCGGUCGGUCUCUUCCACAAGAAGUCUACCUGCUCUCCAACACAACACAGUAUACCACCGAAACAAUUACAAAAGAAUCCGAAAUUGGUCCUUCAGUAACUCAUUUAUACACCUUGAAGAACAAAGGUCCAGCUACUAUUGAUGAAGCUGAAAUUUACUUCCUGUGGCCUUGGCAAACAUUAUCUGGCGAAGAUCUGUUAUACAUUUUGGAUCAACCCCAUGUUCCAGAAGGCGUGAAAUGUGAUAUACCCGCUCCAGUGAACUACAAAAAUUAUGCUUUGGAUUAUAAUCCAAAAUCAAUUUGGGAAAGGUUACAAAUUGAUUCUUCUAGUCACGACAUGACUUCCAAAUAUUCUUCUGUUCACGUUGAAUCGGGAAGAAAUGUAUCAGGUGUUGCUGGUGGAUCAAGAGUUACAACAGGUAGAGACGAAACAGUGAAAUUUUCAUCAGGCGAUUCUUCUGAUGUUUACGAAAAACGGCAAAACGCUUCGGUUACUGGCCAGGCGGCAACAUUUGGAACUACUUCUGGCCAAGAUACCAGUGGACAAAUCAGUAAAGCGGGGGAAACAGUUUACACAAAAUCUGAAUGGCGCACGACCGUCGUUGAUGGUAAAUCCAUCACAAAGUGGACCAAUGUCACAACGGUUAAGGAUUCUACGGGUAAAAUUGUCAGGACUUUCUAUUCAACAGACGACAACGGAGAUCAGAUCGCGACCAGCAGUAAUGUCGACAGUUUCGGACAAAGAAUAGGCGGCUACGAACAACGACCAAAGCCAAAAGUAGUCUACAGUUCCUCAGGUGGCAGCUCGGCUACAGAUGAAGAAAAUCUCACAAUUUCUGGUAUCGGUGGAGCACAACAAACUGAAACCCAGGAAAGAAAGACCAGUAGUACAGUUCAACAAAGCAGCGCAGGCCCAAGUGGCUUCGUUAACGAACCUAAAUAUCGCGAAGAGCAUGCUUAUACUGUUGGAGGUGGUGCUAGAGAAGGUGGUGCCAGAAACUCAUAUGAAGAAGAACACAUUGUCAGAUAUGGACCUCAAGUGAGCGGAGGUCAAAGUAGUCAACAAGCUUCGGUUGCAGUUGGUAGCACUGAUAAUUCAGCCACUGAAGAGAGGCGCAGAUAUGAACAAAGAUUGCAGUAUGAACAACGUUUGAGAUUAGAGGAACAGAGAAGAAAAUUAGAAGAGGAACAACGAAGAAAACUGGAAGAUGAACAAAGAAUAAAACUGGAAGAAGAACAGAGAAUAAAACUAGAAGAGGAUCGUAGAGUGAAAUUGGCAGAGCAACAAAGACAUACAGGUUCAAAUGUAGUUGUAACUCAAGAAGAAGAACGUCAAAAACACGAUCGCCGACUUAAAGAAGAAGAAACAAGCCGCCGAUAUCAAGAACAAUUGAGACGCAUCGAAGAAACCCGAAUUGCGGAGGGGAGAGCAAGGCAACAAGCCUACGAAGAACAAAUAAGACGCGAUGAGGAAAGGAGACGACAGGAAAGUUUAGAAGACCAGAGGAGAAGGCAACCAGUUUCGGAUGUUGAAACUAGAAGAUUGCAACAACAAAGGGACGAAGAAAUUAGUCGUAGACAAGAAGAGGAAACACGGAGACAGGAAGUAGAAGGACGUCGAUUGUAUGAAGAGCAACUAAGACGCGCUGAUGAAGAAAGGAGAAGACAAUGGAGUCAACAGUCUGGAGAAUCGAGUGGAAGCCAAGUAUCACAAGGAGGUCGUACCCGCACAGGAUACUUUGAUGCUCAAGGAACCUACCAUGACGAAUCGCACGCAGCGUCUUCCGGAAGCAGAGCAUUCAAUCGCACCUGGAACACUGCCGACACUACUGCCACUAGAGAUGAGUUUGCACAAGGAGCCGCUUCAGGCGCAGGUGGUUUCAGAACGCAAACUAUUGAUUUAGGAACGGGGGCAGGAGGUAGAGGAGCUGUGGAUGUAUCGUCCGGACAACGUCAGUCAUCUGGCGAACGUCAAUGGGGACAGCGUACGAGAGGUGGUAGUUUCUCGGGUACCCUUGAAGGUGGACUCGCAGAACACGAUCAGUAUAGCUCGGAAUGGGAGAGAAGAAGUUGGGAAGGUCCUCGUGAUACCGAUUUGAGGGACAAUGUUCCUACUGAUAGACCGGAUUUUACUCGAUCAAGAGGAAAAAGACAGGUACCCCAAAUCGACCCAGAAAUCGAUGACCUUCUAAAAUGCCACGCCACAAAUUGUGUUUACAUGAGAUGCAUAGUUGGAACACUAAAAAAAGAUGAAUUUGUUUCAAUUGCCAUCAGAUCCAGACUGAACGUGAGAGCUGUAAAACAAUUAAGUACUACAAAUCCAGUCAAAUUAUCUUCGAUGAUGGUAGCAAGGAUAUCCAAAUUACCUUACAUUGGCAGACCCAAAGAACAAGUCCUCCAUAGCCAUGAAGUCUUCACAGAUAUUCCGGCUGGAGAACAAGAACUGACUCCUCAAGUGGUACCUUUGUGGAUCAUAUUGCUGUCAGCAAUAGCUGGAACUCUGAUUUUGCUGCUGGUUAUUUUAAUGUUAUACAAGUGUGGAUUCUUCAAACGGAAACGACCAUCGUCGGCUCCUGAAAGGCAACCCUUGCGAUCAAACGGAUACCAUCCUGGAGACUAG